AUGCCGCUGGUUCGUUAUAGGAAGGUGGUCAUCCUCGGAUACCGCUCUGUAGGGAAGACAUCUUUGGCACAUCAGUUUGUUGAAGGCGAGUUCGUGGGAGGCUACGAUCCUACAGUGGAGAAUACUUACAGCAAGAUAGUGACUCUUGGCAAAGAUGAGUUUCAUCUACACCUGGUGGACACAGCAGGGCAGGAUGAGUACAGCAUUCUUCCCUAUUCAUUCAUCAUUGGGGUCCAUGGUUAUGUGCUUGUGUAUUCCAUCACCUCUCUGCAUAGCUUCCAGGUCAUUGGGAGUCUAUACCAAAAGCUACAUGAAGGCCACGGGAAAACCCGGUUGCCAGUGGUGCUAGUGGGGAAUAAAGCAGAUCUCUCACUAAACAGAGAAGUACAAGCAAUUGAAGGGAAAAAGCUGGCAGAGUCCUGGGGCGCAACAUUUAUGGAGUCAUCUGCUCGAGAAAAUCAGCUGACUCAAGGCAUCUUUACCAAAGUCAUCCAGGAGAUUGCCCGAGUGGAGAAUUCCUAUGGACAAGAGCGUCGAUGCUGUCUCAUGUGAGCCCAUGGCAUGGGG